AUGAGUCUGUGGACUAACGACUCCUCCGCGGAGCUCCCCCCCGGGACGCUGCCCCCUCUGCCGGACUCCAACCUCACCUCGAACCGCAGCGACGGCUCCGAGCCCCGCGCCGCCCCGCUGGACCUGGGCCGGGCGGUGCCGGUGGGCAUGGUGCUGGCCUCCUUCAUCCUGUUCGCCAUCGUCGGGAACGUGCUCGUGAUCCUGUCGGUGGUUUGUAACCGACACCUGCGGAUCCCCACAAACUACUUCAUCAUCAACCUGGCCAUCGCGGACCUGCUGCUGGGGACCACCGUGCUGCCGGUGUCCGCCACCCUGGAGGUUUUAGAUUCCUGGGUGUUUGGUCGGAUCUUCUGUGACAUCUGGGCGGCGGUGGACGUCCUGUGCUGCACGGCGUCCAUCAUGUCCCUGUGCGCCAUCUCCAUCGAUCGUUACAUCGGUGUUCGAUACCCGCUGCAGUACCCAAUGAUCGUCACAGAGAGGCGGGCGCUGCUCGCCAUGCUGGGCGUGUGGAUCCUCUCCAUCGUCAUCUCCAUCGGGCCGUUGCUGGGCUGGAAGCAGCCGCCGUCACAGGACGACUCGAAGUGUCAGAUCACCGAGGAGCCGUUCUACGCCCUCUUCUCCUCGCUCGGCUCCUUCUACAUCCCCCUGGCUGUCAUCCUCGCCAUGUACUGCCGCGUCUACAUCGUGGCCAAGCGCACCACCAAGAACCUGGAGGCCGGCGUGAUGAAGGAGCGUCAGGAGGACUCCAACGAGCUCACGCUGAGGAUCCACUGCAGGAACCAGCAGAACCACGAGCUCUGUCCCGGGGCCUCGGCCGGACGCAGCACGCUGUCCGUCAAACUGCUCAAGUUCUCCAGAGAGAAGAAAGCAGCCAAGACGCUGGGCGUGGUGGUCGGCAUGUUCAUCCUCUGCUGGCUGCCCUUCUUCCUCGUCCUGCCCCUCGGCUCGUUCAACAGCAGCCUGCGUCCUUCUGAAACCUUCUUUAAAGUUAUUUUCUGGUUGGGAUACUUCAACAGCUGUUUGAACCCGAUCAUCUACCCCUGCUACAGCCGUGAGUUCAAACAGGCCUUCAUCCGGAUCCUUCGCUGCCGCUGGAAGAGGAAGCGUCAGGGCUGGCAGGCGUACUACAACUACCGCAGCAACCAGGGCUCCAACACCUCGUCCUUCCUGAACGGCAGCCAGCAGACGCUGUCCUCCGUCAGCCCCAGUCCUCGCUGCGUCGCCUCCAGGCUCCGCCCACCGCGCUGGCCCUCCUCCCCCGGCCGGGACCGCCUCCCCGGGUCGGCGGGGGGAGGACGGGCCGGCCCUGUGUCCCCGCUUGCUAAGGAUGCUGGGAGGGCAGGGCAGAGGAUCAAACUGUGACCGAGCAGGAAGGUGGAGACUGACCCACCUGCUCCCUCAGGAUCAAGUCACUGCUGACGUCAUCAGGUGCGAGGACUGUUCCCGCCUCUGGAUGACACGCCUGACAGAGGGGGCGGAGCUUCUCUCCCUGUCACCACUUCCUGCAGGUUUCUGAUGAGUUCAGUGAUCCGUCCUCUGCUCCUCAUGAAGCUUCCAACCUGCACUGAGCUGCCAACAGUAGAAUAACACUACAAUACAAAGAAAUGUUAUCAAAACAACUUUGAUGAGAAUUUAACAAUAAAUCAUCAGCAUGUUCAAAUUGAAAUCUGAGAGACGAUAUUCAAAAAAAAAUUACAUUAGAAAAACUAGCUGAGUGAAUAUAGUACAACAAUAAACCUCAUCAAAUUCAAGAUAAAUGAUCUUAAAAUGACUGUGAACAUAUUGGAUUAAUUUACUUCUUGCUUUAUUUUCUGUCUUAAUUAUUAAACCCAUCCUAAAAUGUGUUGCCAAAAUUCAAAAGAAUUAAAACGAUUAUUGAAAAACUUUCAACAGGUCUUCUUUCCUCUGGCUAUUGUUUUUGUAUUUGUUCAAAGUGUUUAAAUGCUUAUUUAAAUGUUUAGUGAUCAUUAUUA